CUCGACUGUUGACAGCCUGGAGACUCCCCUCUAACGUCUCUCUUCUACUGUUCAUUUUCUCGGCUCUUUCAAUCUAACUCCUUCCAACCACCUCUAUCUCCAUGUUCCCCGCCAUGCCGAUUCCACCAUGACGUCCCGCGAAGAAGCCGUCCUCCUUCCCAUCGAUCCCUCCAUCACCGAUGAGAAUGAUUGGUGGGAAUUCAGCCUGACCGAUGUGAAGGUCAUGAAACCGGGGAAGAUGCUCUAUGCGAACCUACUGGAUGCUAGCGAGCAGAAUCCAGUGCAAGUGAUCGGUGUUCUGGAGCAGGUUCCCAAGUCCCAGACACAUCUGGUGCGCGAGGACAACGAGCUUCCGAAACGCAUGAUUAUCGACGACGUUACACACUAUGCCUACGGUCAAACCGAAGAUAAAAGUAUCGAGCUUUGGGUUGCCGGUAAGGCGGGAUGGUACGACAUCAGUUUGCCCGCCAGAGGCUUCGUGCCUACAUACAACCGCAUGGUCCAGGCCAUUGACAUGCUUUACUUCCUGGUUGAUAAACACCAGCAAGGGAAGAAACAAAUCAACCCUUCCUUUCGUAGUCUUUGCGAACAGUAUGUCUACCAUUCAUAUGGCGGAUGUGAAGAUCGUCAGCAAUCAGCUGAGGUUUUCGGAACACACGCUUCCUUCUUGUUGCGCUGUAUGAUCCAAGGCGACGGAGAUGUGGACUGGAAGUCUACGAAUGUCUUUGUUCACUUACGGCGCCAAUUCAAUGAUGAAUAUAAACAGCUCAUGGAGGAGCUCUUUCCCUCAUCCGAUGACGAAGAGGAUACAUCCAAGGAUGAACCUGAAGUGUCCACCCCACGACACGACCCCGCUGCAAUCUCAAAGUCACAAGCCGAUGCCGUUUACCAAUUGCUUAAGGACCUCAGACAAGAAGGUCACUUGGCAAAGCGUCGGCUGCAUCUCGACCUUCUGACAGAACGCUUGGCCUCCCGAUUUUCUUUCAGCAAGGAUGACGCCGAAAAGAUCAUUGCCAUCAGAGCAUCUGCCGUCCUCGAAAUGAUGGAAGAAGAAGACACACCCGGCUUCAGAUGGUCUCGCUAUGUCAUCCAUCGAGAACUCACGAACGCAGCCUCGAAAUCCGCCCCUCUACCUCGAGAACUCUUAACACCAUUGAAUUCACUAGAGGAAUCCAGCGAUGACGAACGCUAUGGCCGAACCCAGAAAUCCGUGCUACGUCCUAAGAUGAACUCAAUCUCUAACAAAGUCACCGGCAAGCGGAACCGCAACGCCUCCACAAACCAACAAACAAUCGAAUCCAAUGACGAAGACGAAGAUGAUCUAGAUGACAUGGAUGAAGAUGAAAUCGAAACGCCCAGCAAAACCCGUGGCCAUGAAUUGAUCAGGGAUCCCUUCUCAACCUCAAGACCUCGGACCCGUUCAUUCCUAUCAGCUUCCAGUAGCGUCGGUUCCAGCACUCUCAUGAAGAGCCUAUUCAAAGACAACAUUCCGAAAUCAUCCACAGCUACCUCGGCGCGUACUGCAAAAUCAAAACCAAAGCCAGAUCCAAUUUCAGUCCCAAUCCCCACCCCUGAGUCCUCGCAAAUACUCGAUGGAUCCGGCGACGAGUCCGACUCUGAUACAUGGGUCUGCCGCAUGCCCGGAUGUGAAAAGGUGAUUACAAACAGCAACAGAGAAGAGCGCAAGAAGAUCAUCGGUGACCAUGCCGGCGAGCACGAAUGGGAAAUGCAGAUGAAGGUUGAAUUAAUGGAGACGGAGAGACGGAUGCAUUCCGCUUUCCCUGUUAGUAAUCUCAUGCAAUACGUCGUCGACCAGCAUGUUCAGCAGAUGCGAAGUGCUUUCCCGGAGAUGUAUUCUGCGCCUCAGAACGGUGGCCAAGAAAACGGCUUGGACGGGGCCCUGGAUGCUCCCUCUAGAAAUGGAGAUUCCACGCCUGAAAGUCAGGAUUCAGAAGAUGAGGAGAUUGAAGAUCUUGUGAAUGGCAAUUCCUGAAUUGAUCCUUUUUCUUGGCUGAAUCUACGAUCGUUAUGUGUCACGAAGCCCAUUAGGAGGGAUGGGAUUAUGAUUUCACGAAGAUAAAGGGUAUUUCAUAUCGGACUACCACUGGAGAAAUGAAGGCAUCUCCUAUAUCUACAUACUUCUCCCCUCUUCUCUCCUCUCUCCCUCAUCUUACUCUCACACACUCAGAUACGAACCGAACACAUCCUCUCUCUCUUCCCAUGAACGGUAGAAUAAAGGUGUUAGGAGCUAGAACAGAAAUGUACCGGGCAGAUGGCGUUCUACGGACUAACACUGAAUCUCGCUAGACAUGGACAGGGACAGGGGCCAGCAUGGACAAAACGAUGCUUACAUACGAAGAGUAUUGCUCUUUGCUACAGAAAUCUGGUUGCUGGCUGUCACUACUUUGCUGGUGAUUAUUUUUCGGAAUGGGCAUGGAUCAGCCCCUUUUUUUACUCUCUACGUACCCCGUGGUAGGUUGAAUUACAGUAGGCUUCAGUAUUGUAGUCUCUUGGAU